ACGAGCUCUCUCUGUGUGUGUGAGAGAGUCGCGGAGCCACGCCCCAUAUGCAGUUUAGCCGUAACAUAUUCACCACGUAGAGAGUUUUGGUCGCAAAUCUACAUCCAAGCCAAUCAUGCACCCUUCCUCUCCCCACAAUUCUUUGCGGAGUCAAGAUCCCAGACGACGAUGAUGAUGACGAUGAAAAAUUUUCUACUUAUCAGAUCAUCAGAUUUUUCUUCCCUUCUCCUUGGCAUACCGGCAGCGAAAAAGCGAACAGAGCUAAACCGCAACUAUACAAUAUAUAAUGGAUUGAUGCGAUGCGUAGGAACUAGGGUCUGA